GCUGUUUUCUGUCCUCACAGCACACACACUCUCAGCACACCACAGCUCACACACGGAUAUAUCCUCUCGGUUUUUACGACUGUUGCAGGUUUUAACACGGAAUAUAUUAUCUUUUCGACCCCAGCAGAGAUUAUUCGGCAUUUGUUCAUUAUUUAAAUUGAGAAACUGCUGUCUUAUCCACAAGGCAGUUUUAUUCAAAUCGUCGUGAUCUCUAUGAUAAUCUUUGAUUUAAGGGCUGCUGUUAAUCAGAAAUGGUUGCCCGUGCAGUGACCAUUUUUCAUCAUGAGGAGCGACAAGCUUCCUGCCGCCCGCAGCCCUUUCCUCCGCCCUGUGACCCAGCAGAUGAUCUCCGCUGCAUCACCACCACCUUCCAGUACCUACAGACCUCAGGCUGGUACUGGGGCUCUAUCUCUGCGAAUGAAGCUCGAGAAGCUCUCCAAAAAAGGUCUGAAGGCACAUUUCUAAUGCGGGACAGCAGUCACCCUCAGUUCAUGCUGGCCCUGUCGGUGAAGACCCGCUGUGGACCCACCAGCAUUCGCAUCAAAUACUGCAGGGGCUCUUUCUGGCUGGACUCCAUUUCCCCCGGCCUGCCUCACCUGCAGUCCUUCCCAGAUGUGCUCAGCCUCAUACAGAACUACACAGCCUCCGGACACACAAAACAGCGCCAGAGGUCUAAUGACAUCCAUCCACAAACAAAGCCUGACCCCACCAAGCACACGGACAGUGACAGCGGAGUGCCUCUGGAGCUGGUGCGCCCCCUGCACAAACCAGAGGCCUUCUCUUCUUUACAGCACCUGACGCGCCUCGCAAUCAACAGACACACAAAGUGCCCUGACCAUCUGCCACUCCCGAAGCCUCUGCUGCACUACCUGCAGGACUAUCCUUUCCACAUAUGAGGGUCUCUGUCUCUCUGGUGCAGGACACAGAGACAGGGACGUGGGUCAGGGUCACCCUCCUUGUUGACCACACACUGUGAAUCUGGAACAGUUUGACACCCAAAGGGACAGCGAUUGACCCAGUUGGAGGUAAUUGAAAUGAAUGAUGAGCUAAGUCUUUGUACUACUGUUGUUCUCUAGGAUAAGAUUUUUUUUUACUAUUUUCAUAAGUCUGUGUCAGCAACUGUGAACUGAUUUUAUUUAAAUGCCAAUGUGUGAGCUUUUUCUAUUUAUUUGUGCCAUUUCCUAUCAGUAAGAAGAGAUUCACAUAAUGUCUUUGCAUGUUUUGGACGAGUGGCUCCAAUUUUUUACAUGAUUUUAGCAAUAAUAAUUAAAGAAAAACUAAAAUCUGUUAAGAUAUGACUUCUGGUAAUUUUGUUGUUCCAGUAGGAUUUACAUUACAAAUGUUUUGGAUUUAUUUUGUUUUUCCUUUUAGGAGCUCAUUUUACGGCACUUGACGUUUGCAAAGUGUGUUUAAUGGAGCAAUGUUUAUUCACUCUUCAUGAACAUAAUGAACCGGAUGAACCAUAAGCCACCAGUCGUCUCAUGUAACAUUUAUUCGGCACUAUUAUUAUCACAAAAUAUCUUAAAUAUGGCUUUUUUGACCUUGGACAUGGUCAAAUCCUAUCACAGUAUAAUUAAGAAUUUAAAUAAUCCAGGGUACACUUCUAAGAUAGUGUUACCAAUAGUGUGAGGUCAGCCUGACACUAACAUGACAUGCAGACUGGAGGGCCUUUUAAAGUAAUUAUAUAAUAUAUAAUAAGAGACAGGGUAAAUGUGACUAUGGUAUUUUGUUAUGUACAAAAUCAUCGUAAGUCAUAACUCUUCUUACAAAUCAUUACCAGACUGAACAGCAACGGGUGUUCGUUGAAGAAAAUGGUACUGUCGGAAAUAUGUUUACACACUGGUUUCAUUCUCAGAAAAUGAUCAUGCCUGUGGAUUUCAGAGAAAUAAACGUUAAACAUGGUUUUUUUUCACGGUUCAAAGGCUGGCCACUUGAACAU